AUGAGCCUUUUGGCAGCGUUACUUGGGUCUAGUUGGGCUGCUUUUCUCUGGAAAUCUUACCUUCGAUAUCGACAGUAUAAUGUGCAGCUGCUCAACGAAAAACGACCUCGAGAAGCUGAGGAACUGAUCACAGAUGAGGAUUAUCACAGAGCACGUGACUACAAUUUAGACAAACACAAGUAUUGGUUUGCUUACAACGCAUUCAACCAGAUUUGGACUACGAUCCUUUUCACCUCCGGUUGGUUACCGUGGUUAUGGCAACUAAGUUCGGCUUCUCCCUUGCCAUCCAUCAUCUUCCUUCUUCUAAAGCUUUUCCUAGAUUCAUUGAUUGAUUUGCCUUGGGAAAUGUACUACAGCUUUGUUGUCGAAGAAAGACAUGGUUUUAACAAGCAAACCCUCGAUUUCUUCCUGAAGGACCAACUUAAGUAUUUUGUUCUAUAUGCGGCUGUCUAUGGUGGAUUAUUAGCCGUUACUGAGUUUACUAUUGAGAAGGGAGGACCUUACUUUUACAUCUAUGCGUGGGUGAUCAUAUCUGUAAUUUCACUCGUUUUUCUGCAUAUCUACCCGACUUACAUUGCUCCGUUGUUUGACGAAUUCGUUCCUUUACCCGAUGGAGAACUCAAAGUUGCGAUCGAGAAACAAGCGGCAUCCCUGGAUUUUCCACUCAAAGGACUUUUCGUUGUUAUUGGAUCGAAACGCUCGGCUCAUAGCAAUGCCUACAUGUAUGGAUUUUGGAAGAAUAAACGAAUAGUAAUCUUUGACACGAUUCUAUGCGCAAAAGAGAGAGAAAAAAUACAAAAAUCACGCGGUGAAGUUGUUGACGCGGCGGAUUCUUCCAAGGUUGAUGGAAUGACAAACGACGAGAUGUUGGCUGUGUUAGGUCACGAGCUUGGGCACUGGGCGCUGUGGAACUCGCUCAUAAUCAUGGGCCUCUUUGACAUUAAUUUGCUGAUAAUGUUAUCAGUGUUCGCUCGUUUUUACCACUGGGAGUUGCUUUAUGAGGCGUUCGGCUUUUCAGCAACACCACCGCUUAUAGGAAUCAUCCUUGUGUACACGUUCGUCCUGGGACCUUAUCUCCAGUUAGCUAAAACAUUUCUGAUGGUUAUCACUAGACAAUGCGAAUAUGCGGCUGACAGAUUUUCUGCUAAACUCGGACGCACUUCUGAGAUGAUUAGUGCUUUGAAGAAACUCGCGAAGGACAAUCUGGACAUGCCGGUCGAUGAUCCGCUGCACUCCAUGUGUACUAGGUCGCAUCCGACUACAGCAGAACGGAUACGAGAGCUCAGGAAAAUGCAAUAA